UCAUCAGCAGCUCGUCCAAGUCUCCGACAAACGACAACCGCACCACAARCAGUUUAAUUAUUUAUUACAAACACCUCCAACAACCAACAUCGCCAUCAUGCAAUUCACCGUGUUGAUCGCCUUUGUGCUCGUAGCCGCCGCCGUCGCUUCCCCGAUCGCCGACAAGCCCGCUGCCGACAAGUCCGAAUCCGUUAAGGACAAGCGCGCCAUCUACGCCGUCGCCCCGUCUGUAUACCACGCUCCGGCCGUCUACCACGCACCCGCUGUGUACCACGCACCKUCCGUGUACCACGCACCGGCCGUGUACCAUGCACCGGCCGUGUACCACGCACCAGCCGUGUACCACGCACCGRCCGUUUACCACGCACCGGCCGCCGCUACGUCCUACUCCAGCGUCAGCAUCUCGCACCCAGCCGUUGUGGCCAGCGCCCCUGUCUACGCACCAGCUCAUCCAGUGUACUACCACCGUCGCUGAACGGACGACGUGACGGUAAGCGAAAACGAUUCUGAAAACAUUUCACGUGCCAAAGACAGACCAACCGUCCGAUUACACUGAUGCAGUGGAUGUGGCCGUAGAAAAUUUCACAAUCUUUAAUCAUGUAUAAUAUAUUUUGUCAUUACAUGUAAUUAAUUUAUUACGAUGUAGAAUUAAUUCACUCAAUAAUAAAA